CUGGUCAUCAAUGCUGCUUUGGGAUUUGACACAUUUGUCGUGAUGAGACAUGGGCUAAAGAAACCAAAGAAUCCUGAAAUUGGAGAUUCUCCAUGCAAUAAUUCUUCUGGCUCAGUCGAUCUUUUAGGAUCAUCACUUUUUUCAAAUAUCCCUGGCUAUAAACUCGGUUGCUACUUCUGCAAUGAUGUAGUUGCACCAGGAGAUUCCACCAAGGAUCGGACAUUGGAUCAACAGUGUACAGUCAGUCGACCAGGAUUAGCCAUGAUAGCAGGAGCACUUGCUGUCGAAUUAAUGGUAUCCAUUUUGCAACAUCCAGAAGGAGGCUAUGCAGUUGCAAGCAGUAGUGAUGACAGAAUGAAUGAACCUCCCACCUCUCUUGGGCUUGUGCCUCAUCAGAUCCGAGGUUUUUUAUCAAGAUUUGAUAAUGUUCUUCCUGUCAGUCUGGCGUUUGACAAGUGUACUGCCUGUUCACCCAAGGUCCUUGACCAGUAUGAAAGAGAAGGCUUUAAUUUCCUAGCCAAGGUUUUUAAUUCUUCCCAUUCGUUCUUAGAAGAUCUUACAGGUCUGACUUUGUUGCAUCAGGAGACUCAAGCUGCUGAGAUUUGGGAUAUAAGUGAUGAUGAAACACUCUGAAAAUCUAAUGAGUGAAGUAAAAGACGACCAACAAGCCAACUUAUUUUAGGGUUCUGUGGAUGUAUUUUUAUCAGUCAUUUAAUGAUUGCUUCCUUAAAUUUAUUGCAAACAUAAACAUGUUCAGUCUACAUCUUUGAUCAAGAUGGCACACUGUAACAGUUUCAAAGCAAACAUACUGUGGUUGCUCUUUUUAUUGUGUUCCUGAUGCACAUAUAGUUAAUUGUAAGACUGCUCAAAUUAAAAUUACAUAUUGUUUCUAAAUACAGCUUAUAUUUUUUUUUCUUUAGUACAUAUCUUUGUAUCUCUCACCCACCCGCCCCCAAUUGGAAUGUUUCUUUUAAGUAAAUUUGAAAAACAUUUUGCAGUGUUUUAGGAACUUGUCAUUAUUGUAUAAGAUUGAAAACUGAACCAUAAAAAGUAACCUACACAGAGGGAAUAAAUGAAACAAACAAGGCCAGAUGUUUUGGGAUACAAAAAGACCUUGGGUCUUUUUGUCUUGAUUACUGUCUGUACAAGAGACAGGUAGAAGUUCUUCUCCCCUCAAUUCAGUUAUCUUCAUCUACCCUUCUCUCAAAAAUCAGGAACUCUGAAUGAAAUAAGCCGCAAUGUAGACAAGCAAGUACAUUCCAUUAACUUCAUUGCAUGAACAGCAGUUUAGAUCGAAGCUGUCAUACUAUUUCAUAGACCCACCUUUUCCCUUUUUGCAAACAAUUAGUAGUUUAUAUCCCUGUAAAAUAAGGAAAUGAAAUUCUAACUCACAUUAAAAGUGUAUACUGAACAACGAUGCAAUUGUUGUUCUGAAUAAUUAGUGUAGCAAAUGUUUUUGCUUUUAUUACAGUGACAAAUCUGUUUUUGCUUGAAGACGCAGAAUGCUAGCUAGUAGAAACUGUGGGCAUUGUUAGCUUCAUUGGGUUUAGAAGAAAGCCUGCCUUUUUGCCCACUUCUUUAUAAGCAGCAAUGCAAUGUGUCAUUUUUUUUUCAUCUUAGGAAAUACUACACUGGUCUCUAUCCAGAGCAGUAGCUCCAUAUACUACUAGCAUCUGUUGACUUAGCUUUCCUCUAAAAGGAACUCUCAGUGACAUAAAAUACCCAGACAAGGAGACCGAAUAUCUCAUAUUCUUCAACCUUGUGUCACUUUCCCUUGUAUAAAUUAUAAUCACAAAUCUGCGGAGAGGUUCAAAAUAUGAAAUUCAUGAUUUAUUUUUUUAGUUUUAAUGGUACAAGUUGGUCAUUUAAAUCUAUGUUACUCAGUUUAUAAUGUCUACUGUUUACAUUUAUAAUUAACUUUACUGAUGCAGCAUUUAGUAAGGAGCCUAGCUUCUGUACAAUAUUUCCAGUAUUGUUGUUCACUGGCUAAAUUUCUUCUUCAUUCUAGGUUUGAAAAAGGCAUGAUUUUAAAGAAAGCUCAGUUUUGUAUAGUUAACCAUUCUAGUAACAUAAGCAUUAAUGGCUAUUUUUCAAUUGUAAGUAUGAAAUGCUUGUAAUAUAAAUUAAAUAACUAUCUAGUGA